UCUGAUGGGGAAGAAAGGGGCCGAGCACAUCACGAGCUUCCUGGGGCUGCAGCCCUUGGCGCUGUUCCUCAUUCCGCUCACACUCGGGCCUCAGGUUGGUUGGAUCUGGGCACUGGGGCGUUGGUGGCAGCGCUGAGGGGCCCCCCUCUGCCCCAUCAUGGUGUCUGCUCUCACCGUCCUCCUCGGCUGCUGGCUGGCUGGGCGGAGCGGGGCGUUGGGACAGGGGUCCCUCCCCAAACCCUCCAUCUCCAUCAGCCCCGGUGGGGUGAUCCCCAUAGGGGGAAACGUCACCAUCCGGUUUUGGCAUCAGCGCCUGGGCAUGAGGUUCAUCCUCUCCAAGGAUGGAGAUGGGAACCUUCCGACAUACAGGGACCCUGCUAGUUAUGUGGCUGAAUUUCCCAUCACCAGCGCCAGACGGGAACACGGGGGCAGCUACACCUGUUGUUAUAUCUACAGAACAGGACCAGCUGCCUUCUCGGAGCCCAGCGACCCUGUGCAGAUCAUUGUAGCAGGCUCCAGCAGCAGCUGCUCUUCCCGCCCCCUGGUGGCACAGGCCGGUCACUGCAGGAAUCAGACUUCGGGUCCGUUUGAUCCCCACCUCCUACAAGUGGAAAACUACUAUCAAUCCAAGAUGGAGUCCAGUACCAGGUGACAUGAUCACAUGACCCUGCCGUGUCAAAGCAGCCAUGAGUCAAAGGUGGUUUGGAGCAUCCCAGGAAAUGUCUGAGGAAGGUGGGAGAUUAGCAUCUUCAAAAUCCUAUUGUUCCUCCUAAUGGUUCAUUGACCAACCAGCCAGACUCAUGGCGUUUUGUGUGUGGGCGUUCCUCAGGUGCAAACAUUUUUGUAAUUGGUACAUUAAAGUUAGGAAUAUUGACUGAUA